AUGGUGCUAAAGAUGAGUAAAUCGCCAGCCGAUCGCAAAACGAUGCAACAAGAAAUUAAAACCAUGUAUAACCUAGAACAUCCCAAUAUACUUCGACUCAUGGGAUUGUGUGUCCAUGAUGGAAAAUUUCAUGUUUUAAUGGAGUUUAUUAAUGGAGGAACGCUUGAGCGACUGCUAUUUGAUAGCAGUAUGGAUUUAUGGUGGUCAGUUAGACUAUUAUUAGGACACAAUAUCGCUAGUGGUAUGGCAUACCUCCAUUCAAAAGGCAUUAUUCAUCGUGAUUUAACGUCAAAGAAUUGCUUGAUUAAACGUGAAAAAGGACGUUUAACUGCUGUUGUUGCUGACUUUGGAUUGGCCGCUAAAAUCCCAAAUAGUAUUCAUGAGUGUGAUAAAACAAUGUCAAUAGUUGGAUCACCUUAUUGGAUGGCUCCGGAAGUUCUUGGUGGUCGGAAAUAUGACGAAAAGGCUGACAUCUUCUCAUACGGUAUAGUUCUUUGCGAAAUUUUAGCAAGAAUCAGUGCGGAUCCGGAUGAAUUACCUCGUACACAUAAUUUUGGUCUUGAUGCUGAAUCAUUUCAGCCAUUAAUUGAUACUGGCUAUCCAGAUGAAUUUUUUCAGUUGGCGAUUCAUUGUUGUCAAGUAAUAAUAUUGGCUGUUAUUAAUGUGAUUGUUUGA